AUGAUCAUGGACGUGCAGUUCCCCAUGUUUGCCAACAUGCUGGGUGAGUUGCUCUCCUUUCUUAUUGUUCUCUAUCACUAUGUGACCAUCAGCUACCCCAAGAAGCAGGAAUGA